UCACUCCCUCCCUCUUUUUUUUUCCAUUUCUCCCCAUUUAUUUACAUUGUUAAUUUUUUCUUUUUGGUUUCUCAUUAAUUGUUCCCUUUUAACAAUACCCACAACCAAAACUCUCUAGAAACAUCAGUAGUUCUUUGCCCUUCUCCAUUCUCCAAAUAUGUGUGUGUACUCUAUCCAGGUAGACCCAGCUUUGCCCUUCUCCAUUCUUCAGAUACUCUGACGGGAGAAGUUACAACUCAAAGAAUGCAAGCAGAUGGAGUUUGGAACUUUGAAAGAAAUAAAAAAAAAUAAUGGUGGAACUCAAUGGAGAUGGACAAGGAAGUAAAAAUGGUUCAAACUUGCUUGUGAGAUUUCUUGGCAAACUUUCUCAAAAGUCAAUAGUUUAUCCCAUAUCGGUUGAGAGAUGGGAUAGGAUGCCAGAUGCGAAAAGCCGCCUACAGUGGCAGCUUAUUGAGGAGAAUUUUGAGUUUGAUUAUGCUGCUGGAAUUAAAUGGGUGAUGCGUAUUUAUGCGAAAGAUGGAGGGCUUAUAAAUAUAAGUUAAGAAAUGAGAACUUCUACCCUAACAAAAGUAAGGAAGAGAUACUUGCUAAAACUCCCGAGAACGUGGAUUCUAUUGAUUGUGCUGCUUUUGUGCAUCACUAUAAAGAGGAUAAGGUGAAGGCACAAAGUGAACAAAAUGCAAGAAAUUAACGUAAACUUAAAGUCCCUCAUGCCGGUGGUAGCAAAAGCAAUGCAAGGAGAGGUUGUCAAAUGGAGAUAAAAUAUGGAAGGCCUGUGUGCCGAAGUGAGGUUGUUUUGUCAACUUUACUAAAAAAGGAUGGCAAUUAUGUGAAUGAAGAAGGGAAGAUUAUAGCUGAUAAAAUAUCGGAGCAUCUAUCUCAAGAUCAAGAACGUGCUGCCACUUUAGGUGUUCCUUUGAAGAUAUUUUCUCAUCCUAAUGACGCCAUUGGAAAAGUAUAUGGAGCUGAACAUUCUGGUCGUGUGCGUGGUUUAGGUGGCAAUGUUUGCCCCUCGGCUGCUUUUGGAAUGCCUAGAUGUUCAAUUAGUCAUACGAAUUUUGGUGGUUCUACUAAUAUAUCUCAUCAACGUGUUGAAGACCUAGAGAAACAUGUAGAAACCUUGGAAGAGAAGCUGACUGGAUAUGAGGAGACAAAGGAAAAGCUUGAGGAGACCAAGGAACAACUUGUUGAGACCAAGGAACGGCUUGCGCAAAAUGAGAAUCACUUGGCAACUCUUCAUACGUUUUUACAAGCUAAAUUUGGUAGUGAGUUGCCUAGUUUCAACUUACAUUCUUCUUAGCCUUUUGUGCAUAGCAUAUUUUUGAACCACUAUAUGUGGUGUACCUCUACUUUUUGCAUUUCCAUUACACUAGUAAUUGUGGUAUCUUUUUGGUAUAUUCAAGGCUUGAAACUUAUGUUUUGUUAGUAAGAUAUAUGUAUAUGAUAAGUAGAAUAUUGGAACUUUGAUCUUUAUAGCAAUGAUGAUUUGUGUA